AUCGCGGCACCGGCGGCCCGUGAUGCUGCGGCCGGCCCGCCGGCAUGUUGCAGCGCUCGCGGCACUACUAAUAAUCUGGGCCCUCGCCGCGCGCCGCCAGACGCGCUUAGCAAGGGGCCUCGCGGGCGGCGACGGUGGAAGGGAGGGCCUCGCGGCGCUGCGGGCAGCGAGCACACAAAGCUACACAGUGACAGACGCGACGGCAAGCGGCAGCGGCCUCACGGUCAAGUAUUUGCUGGACUUCGAGGGCGGCGAGCGCGCGCUCUACAAGCCCCUGCGCAUGAAUUUCGAGCGAAUCGGAGGCAAGGACGUCAAGGACGCGCGGCACCUCGAGGAGCCGUGGGGCGAGGUCGUGGCGUCGGCGCUCGCGCGCGUGCUGCGCCUGCGGAACGUGCCUCCAGCAAUCAUCAUGGAAGUGCCAAGCAGCACGCUCGCGGCGGCGACGGCGCCGCGAUCACUCAGGGCGCUCCUGUCGCGCUGCCCCCGCUACAUAUCAAGGAGGCUCGUCAGGCGCCUCGCACCUUCCAUAUCUAGAGACGGCUGCGCGCUCCGGGACGACGUCGACAUGGUCAGGGGCGCGUUGGUCCGCUGGGAACCGCACGACCUUGUGAGACUUGCUCGCCCUAACCGCUGGUUCCUGCGCGGCGCGCGGGCUCUCUGCGGCGUGGGCGCGUGCCCGCUCUCAAUAAGGGAGCGGCGCGCCUGGGGCGACCUGGAGGCGUUUGAUGCUAUCUUAGGCAAUUACGACCGGGCGAACAAUAUUUUUUAUCGAGGGCGCAGAAUAGCGCCGCUCGACCACAACCACGUCGGCCGGAACCUCACAAUAGCCCGCAUUGGUUGGCGCUGGUGCGACGCGUCGCCGGCCGUCGCUCACAUAGUGCGGGCGGCCGCGGCCAGGGAGGUCGUCCACGAGGGAUGCGCUACUACGGACGGCUCCCUCUUCGCCGCCGUCGCCUGCGAGGCCGCGCCCGACGAGCUCCCGGAGAAAUUUCGGAGGAUCCUCGACGCGAACGCCGCGGCGUACGCCCAACACCUCGCCUCGCCCUUCUGUCGGCGCCGCCGCCGGGGAGACGUGUCUUAA